GGUACAGAACUGCAACAUCGCAAGAAUCGUGGUGGAGUGCAUGAUAAAGCUUGCCCAGGUGAAGACGGGAUGGCGUGACAUGCCCCACCGCAGCCUCCAUUCCCCCCUGGAGCUCGUCUGCAGGGAGCCACAGCGGGGUGCGUAACGCGGGCACUGUGGGCCAGCGGCUGCCUGCCUGCAGGCGGAUCUGCACUUGCUUUGUGCAGUCGUCAUUGCUUCAAUCCUAUUGUUCCACUUCCGACUUGAACGAAUGCUACGCCCUAUUCAACACAAUUCUCACACGACCGCCUCACGACGACUGCACCCCCGCGAUUCGUGAUCCUCGAUCAUAUCUCUUCCACCUCUCGCGCGCUUCAAUAUUCGACAGCCUAUUGCCAUGGUCCCCGACCUCUCAUGCUCCAGCUUUGCAGAUUCCAGUCCAGUCUAGCCAUUGCCUCUUCGACUAGCAAGCCAAGCUACUCCUAAUGGACCUCACUGCUCGCAACAACCAUGCCUAAUACCGGGCCGAGUCGCGGCUUGCGAUCUAUACCUCCUCGUGCCGCCAAAAUCAAGAAGCCAGCUCGACACACUCGCGCAGCCGCAGCGCUCCUCGCCUCUCCAGACACAGAUCAAAGCUUCUCAGAUGACGUUGAGCCAGUUCCGGUACAGCAGCCAACCGUCAAUAGAAAACGCCCUUCGAGGGCUGCGUCUCGGACUGCUCGGAAGCGCAUGCGAGGGACGGACAAAGCGUCCACAUCACAAGGAUCUCGACGGUCAAAGGCGAACUUCAAAGAUUCGGUCAAGCUGAAACAGCCGACAUUCACUUACCCUGGCAAUGACCUACCUUACCAUGUUUGGCUGCGCAUAUUCGAGUAUGUGGCUGCACCUUUGCGGGAUCCGAAUGCAUCGUAUAAGGAAUGCGACGAGACCCGGCGCUCCCUCCUUUUAAUGGCCAGAUGUGAUCGAAUCUUUUUCGAGCCUGCCCUGGCAGCACUUUACAAGUGCGCGCUCCUGCUAUAUCCGGAGGACUUUGCCGCUCUUGCGAAGCGGUUGAGUUUGAAACCCCAAGAAGCGUCGCGUGCAUGGUUGGCAAGGCUUCGAACAGGCCCUCGCGCUCUUCGGACGCCCCAAGUCGGUGACCGGCUUCUUCCGGGCCCAGCGGCCCAUCGAGAGCGAGCUCGAGCACUCGUUCACCAUCAGCCUGCAGUAUGACGGGGCCCUUCUGGGCCUGCUCGUCAC